AUGCUCUUGUACAAAGAUAUCCUCACUGGUGACGAACUUUUCUCUGAUGCCUACCCCAUCAAGGAAAUCGAUGAUGUCGCUUACGAAGUCGACUGUAAGAUGAUCACCAUCACUGAAGGUGAUAUUGAUAUUGGUGCCAACCCUUCCGCUGAAGGUGGUGAUGAUGAGGGUGCUGAUGCCACUGUUGAGACCGUCAACAACGUAGUCUACUCUUUCCGUCUCACUCCCUCCAGCUUCGACAAGAAGACUUAUAUGGGUUACAUCAAGGGUUACAUGAAGGCUCUUAAGGCCAAGUUGAACGAGACCAACCCUGAGCGUGUUGCUGUCUUUGAGAAGAACGCCACCACCCUUGUCAAGAAGAUCUUGGGUAACUUCAAGGAUUACGAAUUCUAUGUUGGUGAGUCCAUGGAUCCCGAUGGCAUGGUUGCUUUGUUGAACUACCGUGAAGAUGGUGUCACUCCUUACUUCACCUUCUUCAAGGAUGGUCUCAAGGAAGAGAAGCUCUAA